GAGAGAGCGCGCGCGCGAGAGAGCAUGAGGACGGCCCUGGGUAUCGGACUCUGCCUGGUUUUGCAGACAGUUUGCGCUAUGAUAUCGACACCCUGCUUGUCACAGAUGCAGCCUUGUAUUUCACCAGAUCUGUGCAGAAGCAAACAGACUCUUCUGAGAAAUGCUUGUGUUUCUGAAGACAGCAGCUGUCAGAUAGAGAGUUUCGAGAGCUGUAAUGUGAUCAUUCAGGCAAUAUUUGCACCCUCGAUAGAAUGUAUAUGUGCUGAUGAAAAUCCCUGCAACGUUCUACAACUCCUGGCUUCCUUCUGCCGUUCCUACUUAGUUGCUGAGCCCUCGCGUGCAUCUGACAAAUCAAGAUUAGCACCUCAACACUCGAGCCAUAAGGACAGUCGUCUACAUCCUCAUCCAGUUAUUGAGAACAGCCUGAAGGAUGAAUGGACAGAAAGUAAACUGUUAACCUAUGCACCGGCCCCAAACACGUCCUGCGUACAGGAGAUGACGCUAUGCCUUCAAGAUGAAGUGUGUAAUCGGCAGCUGGUGCCGUUUGUCCAGUCCUGUUCUUCUCCUCAGUGUGAUGAGAGGCUUUGCAGGCUGGCAACAAGACGUUUUUAUUCACACCUACCUGAAAACGUGGCCGAGAUGCUGGUUUUCUGCCAGUGUGUGACAGGUGACCACGAUUGUCAGCAUUUUCAGAACAUGCUUGAUUCCAAAUCCUGCAAAAAACACCAGACAGUACAAUGGAACUGCCUGGAGAUGCUGGACAACUGCACCGGAGAGAAGAUUUGCAGGCAGACAUUUGAGGCAUUCCUGUCCAAAUGUUUUGGCUCAGAGGAUCAGUCAUUUAGUGGAUAUUCAACCAGGGACCUGCUGCAUGUCAUAGAUCUCAACUUUUUUGUCAGUGGAAACAAAGAGUGCAGACUGGCCUUUGUAGCUACAAUGGGAUCUGUGCUUCAGAGUCCGUGCACCUGCCAUGGACUGGAUCAUCCCAAUCUUUACAGGUGCAAUGUGUUGCAACAAGCCAUUCAUAAGAGAUCCUAUUUCAGACAUCAAGGACCUAAACAAAUUUUUUCAUCUACAAAGUCAAAUGUAAACAAAUCACAGGAAGAGUAUUCAUGGCUAAAUGAUCAAUUAUUGUACAUUCUGGUGUCCGUUUGUGCAGUGGUGCUAAUGAUCAUUGCAGUUGCUAUCGGCAUUGUUAUGCAUAAACUGGGGAAAAAGCAGAAUAUGUCCCAGAACCCUGGUUCCAGGUUUAAACCCCCAGAGGACUCCACAAAAUCACUCGUCCUGUAAUUUUCACUUGUUUAACUAUAAAUAUUUGUAACUAUAUAAGCAUACUGUAUAAUAUAGUGAUUGUUUUACGUGAUGGCCCAGGUUUGUACAAAUUUAGAUAUUUUUGUUGUAGAUCUGCGAGUUUUAUUUUCUGAUGUGAAUGUACACUUGAGUGACUGUUGUUUUGUGACUGUGCUUUAAUUAUGGAAUAGUUGAACA